AGAGUCCCCGCCCUCAGGCAAAGCUUGAACCUCCCGCCCCAGUGCGAGAAAUUAAGAGCGAAACUUUUUCUGCUGCCUGCCCUCUUUAUAAUUGGUCUUUGCCUGUAAGUGGCUGUACAAUCCUCAGCAGUGUUCUGAGACUGUAUGGUCGCCUCUCGUUUCCGGGUUGUUUCAUGAUCUGAACUAUUUGAUCCAACUAAGCAUCUAAAAAAGAAACCCACAUGAAGAGAUAAGGGGGAGAGAGACUGACAGAGCAACGAGAGAGAGAGAAAACACAGAACUUGGUGUGCACGGCAGAGGAAGUGAAAACAAAUCAAGGAGAAAAGAAAAACAAAUGAUGAUUCUUUCCAUCCAUAUUGCAUUGUAAAUUACAACAUCGAUUGUCAACAGCACUUCUCCGUCUGUUCUUUGCUUCUGUAAACUUAAUCGUCCAAACCAUGAUAACAGAGAAGGAGAAGAAAAGAAGUAACUCGGAGAGAAGGAAGGAAAAAUCGAGGGAUGCAGCAAGAUGCAGAAGGAGCAAAGAAACGGAGGUAUUUUAUGAGCUGGCGCACCAACUGCCGCUACCUCACAGUGUCAGUACCCACCUGGACAAAGCAUCUAUCAUGCGCCUGACAAUUAGCUUCUUACGAACCCGCAAACUCUUGAGCUCAGGAGGGCCCGAGACUGAAACUGAAACUGAAAAGCAAAUGGAUGCUUUGUAUCUUAAAGCUUUGGAAGGAUUUAUCAUGAUGGCCACGCAGGAUGGAGAUAUCAUUUUCCUAUCAGAAAAUAUUAGCAAGUACAUGGGUCUUACACAGGUGGAGUUGACUGGACACAGCAUUUUUGAUUUCACCCAUCCUUGUGACCAUGAGGAGAUCAGAGAAAAUUUGACUAUAAAGAAUGGUUUUGGAAAAAAACACAGAGAUAUGAAUACAGAACGUGACUUCUUCAUGAGAAUGAAAUGUACUGUGACAAACCGCGGAAGAACUGUCAACCUCAAGUCUGCCACCUGGAAGGUGUUGCACUGCACUGGCCACAUCAAAAUAUACAAUGCCUGCCAAGCUCACACACUGUGUGGGUAUAAGGAGCCACCUCUGACUUGCUUGAUCAUGAUGUGUGAGCCGAUUCAACAUCCAUCUAAUAUUGACAUCCCAUUGGACAGCAAGACAUUCCUGAGCCGCCACAGCAUGGAUAUGAAAUUUACUUACUGUGACGAGAGAAUUGCAGCACUGAUGGGAUAUUGUCCAGAAGAACUGCUUGGACGUUCAGUUUAUGAGUUUUACCAUGCAUUGGAUUCAGAUCACAUGAUUAAAAGUCACCAAAACCGUAAGUGGACAAUCCAAAGAACUUGUAACUUAAUGUGGUAGUGAAAGUCAGUUAAC